AUGGUGGAGAGGACGGCAGAUCAACGAAUUCGCACCACAGAGUGGGAGGACAUUCAGUACAAGUACGGUAAUCGUGUCGGUAAGUACGCUAACAAUGAACUCGGUAUACUUGCGCAAAAAAUUGCCGACGAGAAUGUGAACACAUGCCUCAAGACGUAUGACCCUAAUGAAGAGCGCGUGCAGGACAAAAUAGAGCGUGGCGGGUACAAUACAGAGGUGCAACCUGGUGAAUCCAAUCUCGACGGAGUCGUGGUAGAUGAGGACGACGAGGAUGAGGCCCUCGCGGCGUUCAGGAAGAAACGAUUGGCGGAGUUGCAGCAGCAGCAAGAGGCACAACGGUUUGGUGUCCUUCGCCACGUGCCGGGCUCUCAAUACAUGGCUGAGGUGACGGAAGGUUCUCUAAAUAACUGGGUUGUUGCCGUCUUGAUCAGACCAGGGCAUAACGAUUGCGAGGGGCUGCUUUCUGUCAUGCGCGUGGUUGCACAACGUCAACGCAACGUGAAAAUUGUUUCUAUGAUAUCGACUGAGGCAAUCAAAAACUUUCCGGACCGCUAUUUGCCGUGCGUUUUGUUCUACAACAAGAAGAAUCUACAGCAACAGUUAACAGAGCUCGCGCCGUGGCUGUCAAGAGACAAACAACUCUCAAUUGAGUCGGUGGAGCGGGUUUUGCACCGCUACGGUGUGAUCAAAAAUGAUGAGUUUGAUGCCGAGGAUGACGAAGAUUGA